CAUAAGAACACGCAACUUGCCAAUCGGGAUUCGGCUAUAGGUAUCAACCAGAAGCAGCUUUCUUCUAUCAUAUCCAGCAUGAAGUCGACCUUGACAUGUUGCUUAUUGGCCGUAGGUGUGUCGGCGCUGCCUUCGCCGCAAAGUACAGGUCCUCAACCAGCAGCAUCCUCACCGGCAAGCAGCCUGACGGACCUUUUUCCAGACCACGGGGAGAAUGCGGUGCCAUUCGGUCCCAAGCCAACCGGCUGCUCUGAUUUCGAAGUUCUGGUUGCCCGUGGAACUAGUGAGCCUGGACCCUUUGGGAUCAUAGCCGGAGACCCUUUGGUGAAGAAUGUCGUUGCUGCUAUGCCAGAGGCGCGGGGUUACGCAGUUCAGUAUCCAGCCGUCUAUUCAACAGAAUCUGUUUUGAUCGGUGCCGAGGAUGUGGUCAAUCGAGUCACGGAACAGAAUCUCGCGUGUCCAAGCCAGAAGUUUGCGCUGGUGGGUUACUCGCAGGGCGCUCGUGUGAUGAGGGCGGCGAGUGUGAAGUUUGAUCCGUCGAUAUAUCCCAAGAUUCUGGCGUUGGUGAUGUUCGGCGAUCGAGGCAUGAGAGACUUAAACAUAACCCAGUUCCCACCUCAUCUACAGACAAAACUUUUCGAGAAUUGUGCACCGGCUGAUCCGGGUUGCAGUGGUGUUGGGACCGACCCCGCGCCGCACCUAACGUACAACGCGAACGGUACGACAUAUCAGGCGGACUCGGCUAGGUUUAUCAUCGCUGCCUUCAAAGGAACACCAUUGCCUGCAAAAACUGCAGUGCCAGAGGCAUCGAUAGUAGGAGGAGCAAGCGGCACUUCGCCAGGAGCGGAAAGCCCACCACCUCCAGAACCUGGAUGUGGGUAG